CUGUUAAAAGCAGCGGGGUUUUUGUCGUCCGUGGAGUUAGUUCGGAGAGUCCCACGAGGAUGGCGCGGCAACUGGCCCUGGCUUUGUUUCUGUUUCUGGUGUCGGUCUGCACCGCAAGAGCUUGGCUUGCUCCGGACUUUUGCCAUGAGAAGCAAUGUCCCGAAUACAAGCUGAUCAAGAAAGGCAAGGGCUAUGAGGAGCGUUUGUAUGAUGCGGCUCAGUGGAUCACAACCAAGGUAGAAAGCGAUGAGAGCAUUGAUCUGAUGGCUGCAAACUCAAGGCUGAAGGCAUACUGUAAAAAACAGAAUGACGAUGGUUAUAACAUCCCUGAGGAUACCUGGCCGGUGGUGAUCACCGUCAGGAGAGGAAAGGAUUAUUAUUUGUCCUGGUUUGUUCCUCCUGGCACAAAGACACCUCCACCGGAGAGCGACCCAUUGGUCACAAUUGAAAGCAGGCCUGAAGCUACCGUCUACGUCAGGGUCUUUGGCGGUAUUCCAAGCAUCAAGGGAGGUGAAGAAAACGCCAAAGCACUCUGCAAAUCCUUGGAUAAAGACUGCACCGACACCACUUACUGUGGGGCUGGCUACGAAUCCUUUUUCUCUCCAAGUCACCACAAUGAGAUCUGGAUCUAUGCUUCUGACAUCAACAAAUCCGAGACAUCUUAGCAAACUGCACUUUGAUGCAGUCCUGCUUCAACGAAAAUUCUCAAUGUAGUCAGACUCGCUCAGGCGCCUCUGUUGCGUGCCUGACACUGGAAUGCUGUGUUGGUUACCUGCGGCUCGUCUAUCAGUAAUUACAUACCUGCUGUCCCAAACAUAUCUGCUUUAAAUAAAAAAGAAAUACACACCCGUCGUUGGUUAAGUCAUUAA